AUGGCACGGAGAGACACAAUCGGAGCGCUCCUAUGGCUCUUUCCACGGCUAAUGCUGGCUUCAAAUUCUUCCGUUCAAGUGCGGAUGCAGACACCCUGGACCUGUGCUACAAGCACGUGUUCCUGUGCGGAUUUGGAGAUGCUCGACAUGGGCACUGGUGCUGUGAUACCAACUGACAUGCAAAUCCACGCUGUGAAGUACUGGCCUGAGCCAGUCGGCUACCAAGGUGUGUUCACGAACCCAGACCGCGAUCCCUAUACCAACAUCUACCAAGAGAUUCAUGCGAGGGAUCUGCCAGUGAUCCGAAACGAGCUCGGUGCGAAUGCGCUCCUCUUGGCUCCAUGGAGCUUCGGACAUCGAAGCCACACGCAAUUCCUGGAGCAAGCGACCGCAAACAACCUGAAAGUCAUCCCUUCCUUCGACCUGUCCUGGUAUUGGGAAGAUGGCACUUGGGGUCUGCCGGGCACCAGAGCGGCCCUGCGCAAAGAUUUCCAUGACUUCUUGCAGUAUUCCGCUUUGAUCCAGGAGGAUGCGCAGCUGAGCACUCCGGAGAGCAUUCUUCUCUGGAACUUGGAGGGUCUUCCCUCCGUCGAGGCGAUAUUGCCUCGCAGCUGUGUGGCGGGAGCAUUGACGGACGUGGCCAACUUCCGGAACUGCAUCGCCUCCUCGGGGGACCUCGUGGAUGCGCUCAAUACCGUCCAAACCAUUCAAGAUAUGCUGCAGGUGGUGCGAGAAGCACAGAGAGAGUUCCACUGCGAAGAGGGGGCUCAGAAGGCAGAAUGUGCUGCAAGAGACGAUGUUCCGGUAUUCAAAUUUGAUCGACCCUUAGCAUUGACAAUCGACCUGGGGGACGUGUACCUGUCCGUGGCGGAGAACAGUGAGUACCUAAACGCUUUCGUCUUCUGGAUGGAGCGGGUGGUCGGCUGCCAUCCAGUUGCUGUGGGCCAGGUGCAGGUGCCCAAGAGCUUUGCUGAGGCGUCAUCGCAAUGUACCUUCAAUGGAUACGGUUUGUUUGACAUGUGGAUUCUGAAAGCCCGUGCAGUUGCAGAUGAUGUGGAGGCCUCGGCCAUUCGUCGACUCAGGGAGCACUUCAGCCAGCCGAAGCAGCAGCUCUCCUCGGGAGCUGCGUCCGUGUCCGAUCUCGCCGGAGCCAUGAAGCCCAUGAUCUUGGAGUUUGGAUUCCCUGCCUACACCCGUGGCGCCAUACAGCCGGAGAAGCAACACAGGGCGCUGCGCGAAGUGUGGUCUGGGAAUGGGGGGCUCAAGAAUGCCUGGAGCGAUGGCUACUGUGUGCGAGGCGCUGCCGUCGACGAGUGGCAGGACGUCUGGAGUGCGGAUGAGCGCUACGAUUCCUGCCAGGAGCUGAAGUCCAAAUUUGGGCAUUCGACAUGUGGACCGCUGACUGACGCGGGCCAGCUAGCAGUUGCUUACCAGGGCUUGGUCGGGCAAUUCCACACAUUCGGCCGGCACUGCAUCCAGAAGCGCUACGAAGAAGUUAAUGUGAGCUCUCGCUUUCAGUUCGUUGACGAUCUGCAGAACCUUCAGAGCAACUACAUUCCACCAUCAGUGUGCGCUGGCGUAGUGUUGAGGCGAGGUGUGACACUUAUCGCCUUCUUUGCAGCGAGCGGGCUGUUCGUCCUGUUGGGACUGGGCACUCUGUGCUCACUAUGCAGGCGGCGGGCACUCUGUGCAAGAAGUUCUCAAGACGGAGAAGACGGAGCAGGCGAGCAAAACUGCUUCAACUUGGAGCAGCUGAUGCAAGCGACGGCGACCAGGAAGGUCUUGGAGGACCUGUCGGCCGUCCCGUUCGGAAGAUUACUUGCAGUGAAAGUCUCCGAAGCCCUGGAAGAGGGCCGCGAGGUGCCCGUGCAGUACAGCCAUUUGCGUGGAUAUUGCGGCUGGGGCUUUGCCAAGGUGAAUGGAUCGUUUUCCUAUCACCGGCUCCAGUACAACGGUCGCGGCCGUGGCACUGCUGUGCAAAGGUGGGACACGGCAGAGUCCUUCAUCCGAUUUCUGCAGGAGCAGUCGGACCGGUCCUUGGCUGUUUAUGGCUUCACGGAUGCAGAGCUGCGGCGCACGGAGCUGAUCGGUAACCGCACGGUGAGACGUCGGGACUUGCUGGAACUUCUGGAUGCCAACGGCUGCUUCAAUGAGGGCGACGCUGUGACCGGACGAGCUUCUUCCCGGUUUCGAGUCCUUGGCAUCCAAGCGGACCUAGCAGUGGACCUCUCCUACCGCGCGAAUCCCCUGUUCCUGUCUGGUGUUGCAGAGGAGAUCUGGUCAACACCUGGAGAUGAGAACGACAUGAAAGGGUGGCUGGCGAGGACCGGGACAAACAUGCGGCUCUUCCUUCAGAUGCUCGUGAACACACACCUCACCGCGCAGGCAGAUCGCUUGAGGCGGCAGAUCGAGCACGAGGCGACGGCGGUGGCUGCGGAGGAGCAGCGGAGGCAGAGGAAAGAGCUCUGCGACGACGUCGCCAUCAACAGGAGAGCUUGCUACAACAUCUGGCGGCGAGUGCUGGAGGGUUACCACGCGUGGCAAGGGGUAGUAGGCAAGGCAAGAGAUUUGAACUACGACGAGGACAAGGUCCACAAGUACUUCGUGGAGGCCCUGACGUCUCGGCUCAUCGGAUCGAUUGCGGAGCACCUUAUCCACUCCCCGGAAUGGCUCGCUGGUGUGCAUGAGAAGGUCUUCGAAAGCAUGGCUUUCAGUGACAAUUCUGGAUCACCUUCCUUCUCUUGCCACGUGGACUACGCUGAUCUCUGUGAGCCGCUCGAGUUCUUCUGUCGAAACUCCAACAUUUUUGCGCCGAAGCAGGGGAUCAACUUCGACGACAUCAACGACUGCGGGCUUCUUCCUACAAGCGGUGCAGACACGAAGAAGGUCCAGAAGACCUGGAGUGAGCCCGUGGGUUUGUGGGUGGCCUUCCACCUCAUCGUCAACUACAAAUGGGUUUUGACCAUGUCCGUCUGGCUGUUGUGGUCGGCUUUCUUGCUCUAUGACAGUGAAGUCUUCGAAGACUGGGUUGGGAACAGCUCCCGACAGCCAACUUUGAGACGCUUCUCCUUCUACAGCCUUGCUUUCAUCGACUCGCUUUGGCUCUGCUUUUUGAUGCUCUGCGAAGUCUUUGUGAGCGAUUCCCCAAGCCCUUCUACAAUUGGCCGCAAAACUCGCAACUGCUGUGUGAAAUGCUUGCGGGUGUGCAGAGUGGUGCCAACUCUUGCGUUGGCAGGGGCCUGGACGUUCAUUGCGUGGCCGGAUGUGCUGACUGAAGUCGCAGGGUGGUUGGGUCUUGAUCCGUCCAUCCUUGAUGUGCUUCCAGCCGACUUUGCCAAGACAUUCUGGUACUUGCCCGUCUUCUACAUUCUUUGCCGCUUCGUCUACGGCAUGACACCACGUCUCAGACUCACUAGUGCAUACCAGAUCUUGCAGCUGGCAUAUUUUCGAAGGAUAGCGCUUUUCUGGUUGGCCUUUGGGACAUUCUGCUUCCUCUGCAACUAUUCGAUGCUGGUGGGUCUCGUGCGGCCUCUGACUCCACAUCAGCUUUGUAGUAUGCAUGACGACGAUGAAGAGUUUUGCAGCACUUACAGCAUCGAUGUUUUCACCGUCACCUUGCUUGUGAAGGACGUGCGAUGCAUCGCCUGCAAUGCCACGGUGGUUGCAAGCUGGCUUCUAGUGGCAUUGAGCAGCAUGCUAAUGAUGUAUUUCAUAUUCAACCUUUUUGUCGCCAUAGUGGGAAGCUCCGUCGGUGCUGCGCGCGGCUUCGUUGAGACGAGCAUUCCUUCCUUGGAGUUUCGCGUCGAGACCGUCACCACUGAGUUCACGUCGAUGCGCAAGGCCGAGGCAAGCUGGAUGACCCAUGGCUCCAUCCUGAACGCAGUCUUUGGCAAAGAAUGGCAGAAGGUCUGGGAGAUGAUGGUGGACGGCCUCUACGAUGAAUGCUUGAUCGACAUGAAGAUGCGCAGCAGCCUGCUUGCUGCUGCCAAGACGGGUGGCUCUGUAAAGUUGUCGGGGAAGAACAUGCAGAUCUUGGACCGCGCCAGAGCCAGGCUAGGCUAUUUGUUCACGAGCUUGAGGUCCAUCUUAGGUGAUGCCAACAUCAACUUCAAGCCGUACACCUCUGCUGAUGGAGUCACAGACGCUUUGGGCCUCACCCACCGCGGUCGCAUACCUUCUCUGACACAGAUCGUUCCUGUGUACAGCGAGGAGGGUAUCAUGGACACGAAGGAGCUGGUAGGAGAUCCAAAAGCAGGAGCCGUCUCGACGAUGCUGGAGUUCUUGAUCUCGCAGUUACCACGCGAGUGGGAGAUCUUUGCCCAAAGUGAGGGCCUGCAUCCGACUGAACUUUACGAACGAUUCUGCGAAGCAAACAAAGGCUCGGGCGGGAAAGGCUCGGGCCCGGCAGCGAUGGCAUCCAAAGCCCAGCAAGACCGCAUCCGGGAAUGGGCUUCUCAUCGCGCACAAAGUGUGAUUCGAACGGUCAACGGGGCAGUGCACUACCAUCGAGCAUUGAAGGUCUUAUUGGAGCGAGAUGGAAUGGAGAAAAAGGUGGAAUUUGAGGACCUCCGUUCCCAUGCCCAGCUCAUUAUGGCGCACCAGACCUAUGGCAAGCUGAGCCUUGGCAAAGCACAGCAGGUGAAGAUACAACAUGGUGUCAUCACGACGCCGGCUCCACAUGGCCUGCGUCCAAAUGACCGCGUUCGUUUGACGCUCGACUCACUGAAUGCAGAAGAUGCGGUGGCCCGGCGGGCAGUGGAAAAGAUCUGGAAGAAUCGUGCCAUGAACAAGCUUAAGCACCGUGCGAAGACGCGCCAGGAGGUGGAAGCGAUCCUUAGCGAUGGGGCCCAAGUUCAGUCUUUGGUCGAUGAAGUUAUGGUGGAUGGCAGCUUGUCGGAAGCGGUUUUGGACGAUGGCAAAGUGGAGGCUGCGAUGAGCGAUGGGGCUUCUGAGGAAGCCAUCGUCAGCACCAGCUCUUCGGCCUUCGCGCGCCAUCCUGCACUCCUUGGGAGGCUGUGGGGGCAAGCGCAGAUCAAAGGACUGCAGAACUUCAGGGGUGGGGGCUUCUAUACGAUCAAAGAAAUUGUCGACGACCACACUGCAGUCCUUUCGGACGUAUCUGUGAAUUGCGGAACUGCUCGCCUGGAGAAAGCCGAGCUCACAAAGCGAGAGCACGACGUGCACUACAUGCUCCAAAAGCACCAGGGCUUCCCCUUCUUUGUCUGCAUUGACUUUCAAAGAGGGAAAAGCCACCCGCAACUAGAGGAGAUGAUCGAUGCUCACGUCUCCAAGCAGGCGGUCUCCGGUGAAAACCUUGAGGAGUGGGCAUCCGUCCGGUUCCGGCACGCCAGUGUGCUGAUCAAGCACGGCGGCACCGGAGACGGAUUAAACUGGCCCAUUGAGAUCGUCCAUGUCCUUCCGCGUGCGCGGGGCCUUCUUAUCGGCACUGUCGGGAAUCUCACGCAGGGCAAGGCCGGGAACCAGUUGGGGGCCUUGCGCUUUGCGGAAGGCCACUUUGUCCAGAUGAUGGAUGCAAACAUGGGCUGCUAUGCCGGCGAAACCUUCAAAGUACCAGUUGUGCUGCAAGGCUUUCAUCGCUCGUCCAUUGCCGAGGGCGAUUAUGACCACCGCCUGAAGUUGCAAGCCCGGAUCAUCGGGUUCCGUGAGCACAUCUUCACACGGGAGCACGGACUGGUCGGCCAGAUCAUGGCGGACGCCGAAUGGACCUUUGGGACCUUGGUGCAGCGCCUGCUAGAGUUUUUGACCGUCCGGAUGCACUACGGCCAUCCGGAUUUCAUGGACGGUUUCUGGGCAGCCAAUCGAGGUUCCGUGUCCAAGGCUUCCCCGCACAUCAACCUCUCGGAGGACAUUUUCGCUGGAUUGAAUGUGAAAAUACGGCAUGAGCAAUCAUUGCACACGGACUACCUGGAAUGGGAGAAAGGCCGCGAAGUUCAAUUCUUGGCAGGCUCCGGCUUCUUCUGGAAGAUCGCGAGCGGCAGUGUGGGCUUGCUCCGCACCCGGGAUCUCCGAACGCUCUGCCAAAAUGCCUCGAUCAUGGAGACCUUCGCGCUCUACUUCGCCACGGUGGCCUGGUAUAUCCACAACGUCGUUGUGGACAUCAGCACGGAAGUCUUUGUCUUCAUCUUCAUUUACUUGACUUUGGCUUCGAAGUCCAUCGUGGAUCUGGGUGAUCUCGGGUCCAUGCUCGCGGCGGAGUGGUUCCUAACUCCGGCAUUCAGUGCCAUGCUUCCGGCCAUCAUCGGCCUGGGAAUUGAGUAUGGGCCACUGUGGAUGAUCAAAAACUAUAUCUUCACAGCUCCCAUGUCUAUGGUCUACUUCAUCUUCAUCAACAAAGCCAUGUCAUCCUCAGUCCGCACAACCUUCGUCGCCAACACUGCAGAAUAUGUGAAUACAGGAAGACCGCAUGCAAACAAGAGCUACACACUGUUGGAGGCUUUUCUGGCGUAUUGGAACUCGCAUUACCGACCUGCCUUGCGCAUCAUCUACUGCAUCGUGCUUUAUCGCUCAAUGAACGCGGAUGGUGCUCUGCCACUGAUCCUUGUGUCCUUUACCGCCUUCGUGUGGAUCCUGGCCCCGAUCCUGUUCCAACCGCCGACGAAAACCGUUCUGGAGCAGACCCGCGAACUGGUCGGCUUCGUGGCAAAGGUCCCGGCAACUCGCGAGCGUUUGACCUCCGGGAAGCCAAGCUCUCUCUACGAGGCCGGCUUCGAGCAGGAGCUGAAGCAGGCCAACCGAGGCCUCGUCCUGCCGCUCCUCUCUGGCUUUUUGCUUUGCGCUCUCUACCUCUUCAUGACCUCCUCGGACAUCCUGGACCAGAUGUGGGCACCGCUUUGUGGGAUGUUUAUUCUCUUCCUCUUCCGAUCGGUGCUGGCCUUCUCCGGCAUCAAGUCCGCAGGCAUGAUGAUGCUGGCCAUCCCUUGCUUGUCCCUGUUCGUGAUCUUCUUCUCGACCUACAUCGUGGAGAACAGGGACUUCGGCUCGCUGCUGGUGGCGACGCUGAUUUUGAUCCAGUUCCUGACGACCGUGAAGCUCUUGGUCUGGUCCUUCUUCGCGCUGGUCCUACCGAGAGGGAGCCCCUUAGGCUAUGAGCAGGUGGUUCGCUUCACCUUCGACUUCUUGUGCAUCUACGAGCUCCAGUUCUUUGGAGCACCUUGUCUCGUUGAAGAUGGGCUGACAGCAUUAGCUCAGGCCCAAAAGGAGAACUCGAUGUCGCCACUUUACUCAUCUGAGCAGAGCAGACUUUGGCAGAAGAGGUCCACAACCUGA